AUGAAUUUUCACCCAAUCUUGAGUUUUUCAGAAGAAGACAAGAAAGGAACCACCCGGCCCCAUGACGAUGCGCUGUUGAUCACUCUCAAAAUCAGGGACUACGAUGUGAAUAGAAUGAUGAUGGAUGGUGGCAGUGGGACUGAGGUUAUGUACCCCGACCUCUACGAAGGGCUAAGGUUAAAACCGGAAGAUUUGAUGCCCUAUAACUCUCCUUUGAUGAGCUUAGACGGGAAGUUUAUCAUUCCAAAGGACACGAUUAGGCUACCCAUCCAAACCGGCCUAGAGAUAGUGGAGGUGAACUUUAUCGUGGUAGACGCCUACUCUCCCUAUACAGCCAUCGUCGGUAGGCCCUGGCUCCAUACCUUAGGGGCUGUUGCCUCCUCAUUGCAUCAGAAGGUGAAAUUCCCAUCAGGGGACCAGGUUCUCAAAAUCCGUGGUUGCCAAUCCACGGCAAGGCAGGCCCCGGUGUCGCCUCCUGAUACAGCUGCCGAGGAGGUGAAAUGCGAAGAUCUAGAGAAAGUGGUCAUUGGUGGUGACCCGGAAAAGUUCUUUCAGGAUGCCUGCGAUGCUCCCGGGUUUGAUCCAGCCUUCAUCUGUCACCAUCUCAAUGCCAACCCGUCCAUCACUUCCAAGAAUCAGCCACCCCGUCACCCAUCAAGAGAGCACGCCAAUGCGAUUAGGGACGAAGUGGUGAAGCUUAAGCAUGUAGGGGCUAUCAAAGAGGUUUUUUACACCGAAUGGUUGGCCAACACUGUGGUAGUCAAGAAGAAAAGUGGAAAAUUGUGGGAGAAGACAGCCUUCGUGACACCUACUAGAAACUACCACUACAAGGUAAUGUCGUUCGGUCUAAAAAACACAGGGCCCACUUAUCAAAGGAUGAUGACAAGAAUAUUCAAGUCGCAGUUGGGUAAGAGCAUCGAAAUCUAUGUUGAUGAUAUGGUGGUGAAGAGUAAAGUGGUGUCCGAGCAUUUAGGAGACCUCGACAGCACCUUUGAUGUCUUAAGGAAGCACAACCCACGCCUAAAUGCUUCCAAAUGCUCAUUUGGCGUGGGAUCAGGCAAGUUUUUAGGCUACAUGGUUACUUAUAGGGGAAUUGAGGUUAACUCUGACCAAAGCAAGGCUAUUAAUGAUUUAAAACUACCGCAAAACACCAAGGAGGUCCAAAAGCUUACUAGAAUGAUUACAGCCCUAAAUCGAUUCAUUUCCAAGUCGGCGAAUAGAUACAGACCGUUCUAUCUCUUGAUCAACAAGUGGAAAGGAUUUGAGUGGUCCGAGGACUGUAUUGUGACCUUCCAGCAACUCAAGGAAUACCUAUCCUGGCCACCUAUCAUAUCUAGUCCUGAGGCCGAUGAAGUCCUAUACGCAUAUAUUGUUGUGGCCCCUUAUGCUGUGAGCUUGGUGCUAAUACGGGAUGACAAUAGUCUUCAAAAGCCAGUCUAUUACGUGAGCAAGUCACUGCAUGAAGCUGAGGUCAGAUACUUACCCUUGGAGAAAGCCAUACUAACUGUAGUCUGUGCUACGCGAAAGCUUCCCCAUUAUUUCCAAACCCACACAGUGGUUAUUCUAACCCAACUACCCUUGAAGUCCGUACUUCGGACCGCUGAUUACACUGGAAGGAUUGCUAUAUGGAGCAUAAUUUUGGGAGCUUUUGACAUCAAGUACAUGCCUCGGACCUCCAUAAAAAGCCAGGUCCUAGCUGACUUGGUGGUUGAAUUUGCUGAACCACCAGUGGAAAUAGUAGCAAAGGAGCGUAACAUGGAUGGAAAAUCGGUUGGAGUAGUCUCUAUGCCAGGACCCCUAUGUUGGAAGGUGUACAUUGAUAGCACAACAAAUCAAAGGGGGUCUGGAGUGGGGCUAGUCCUAGUAUCUCCUGAGAAGACUAUCAUAGAGAAAUCCUUGAAACUUGGGUUCUCGACCACGAAUAACGAAGCCGAAUAUGAGGCCUUGUUACAAGGAAUGGCCAUGGUGCAGAAAAUGAGAGGAAAAGCAGUAGAGAUGUUCUCGGACUCGAGAUUAGUAGUGGGCCAGUCAGAUUUCGAUCUUUUCAGCCUGUCACACGUCUUUAGAAGUGGAAACACCCAUGCAAAUUCAUUGGCCACGCUUGCUACGGCAAAGGGUCUACCUCGAAUUAUUCUUGUCGAGCAUCUGGAUAGAGCAAAUGAGGUUGCAAAAGGCAUGGUCCAUAUCCAUGAGGUUAGAAUGGGUCCUAGCUGGAUGGACCCUAUAAUGAGGUUCCUCAAAGAUGAUAUCUUGCCCGAGGAGAAGUCAGAGGCUGAAAAAAUACGAAGAAACGCUUCUUGGUUCCGGUUGUCCAAGGACCAUAAAUUGUAUAAGCGCUCCUAUUCUAGGCCAUAUUUACUGUGUAUUUACCCUGAAGCAUCAGAAUUAUUGCUUGAAGAGCUGCACGAAGGGAUCUGUGAGAGUCACACAAGAGGAAGACCUCUGUCGCAUCGAGCCAUUACCCAAGAAUAUUGGUGGUCGGAGAUGCAGAAGGAAGCCCUAGAAUAUGUUAAGAAAUGUGACCAGUGCCAAAGGUUUGCUCCAAAUAUACAUCAGCCAGGAGGGGUCCUUAACCCUUUGUCCAAUCCAUGGUCGUUCGCCUAG